UACACAUAAACAGACACACGCACACACACGCACACACCAGUCCUCUCAACCUUCAGAUCAGUACAUCCCACUAUGCUUUGCGAUGGUCUGACAAGUGGAUCCAAGAUGGCGUAGAAAGUAAAGCUAGACGUUUUGUCCCUGAGUCAUGGCGGACAGGAGAGCGGAGAAGUCAUGUGAAGAAGCCAGCAGAUCGUUAGCCAGGCGGGAGUACGAGGCGGCAGUCAGCCACAGCACGGAUGCCCUGGUGGUCCUUGCACCCCAAACCCCAUCGUCCAGUGCCCCUGUCCCGCCCAGCCCUCCAUCCCUUGUCGCCGCCGCCGGACCCCUCCGCAGCCGUGCCCUGCUCUAUCGUAUCGCUGCCCUCCUGCAGCUGAAAAACUAUGAUGAAGCAGAUGAAGACUGCAAACAUGUCCUGGCAGAAGAAAUUGCCAGAGGAGAUGGUUCACUGCAGGCCAGCCUGCGCACCAUGCUGUUGGAUGGCAGCCUACAGGAGGUUGCGAGCAUCCUCUCCAAAGCCUUGUAUGGAGAGCCAAUGAAUGGAAUUGUUGCAAAAGACCUGACCAGAUUAAAAAUGCUCUUCUCUGAAAUAGAGGCUGUGAAUAGGGAGAUGGCACCAGAGUACACAGAUGACCAGGAUGAAGAGGUCCAAGAUGGCUGGCAGUUUCGGCCUCCUCCCAGAGGAGUCACCAGCAGUGAGGAGUACACCCUUUGUAAAAGGUACUUGGAGCAGGGUCUGUGUCGGUAUGGGGCCCAGUGUACAUCAGCCCACUCGCAGGAGGAGUUGAUGGAGUGGCAGAAGCGCUAUGCGUCACGCCUCAUCCGCCUCAAACAGCAGCAGGAGAGCAAACACUUCACCGAAAACUACAUGGAGACCUUAAUAGAGAAGUGGAUGAACUCCCUCUCCCCAGAGAAAGUGCUCAGUGACAGUUUAGAAGGAGUCAAUGUGGAAACCAGCUCCAGCCUUUCGGUUACAGUCACCUCCAAAAAAUCCGCCCACUCAUGGAUCUUCUCCUUGUUGUGCAAGCCGGCUAGAAAGCUGUACCGCAUUGCCCUGCUCUAUGAUGCCCACCGACCACACUUCUUCAUCACAGGUGUAUCAGCUGGGGAACGGCUCCAAGUUGUUCCUAACGGCUGCCAAGAGUGGACUCCAUCAGAGGAAACUGCGGUGGCAGCAGACAAUGGCCUGGACCAUUGCAUCUACAAGGUAGCAGUGGGCUUCAGUACAGAGAUCUUUGGUACCUUCCGACAGACCAUCGUUUUUGACUUUGGCUCAGAACCUGUGCUGAUGCAGCGAAUCAUGGUGGAUGCUGCCUCAAUUGAAGACCUGGAACACCUGAUGGCAGCCAGGCAGCAGCUCUUGAUGACCGCAAAGCGCUGGGACUCUUCAUGUAAAACCAUUGUAGAAUUCAGUCCCAAUGAGACGAUGGCUGAACUGGAGCGCAGCCUCCUUUCCCGCUAUCAGAUACCUCUGUCAGCCGACCAGCUCUUCACUCAGUCAGUCCUGGACAAGACUCUGACCAAAGACAACUACCAGGCCCGACUGCAUGACCUCCUCUACAUAGAGGAGAUUGCACAAUAUAAGGAAGUUAGCAAGUUUAACAUCAAGGUGAACCUGCAGCUGGUCACUAGCUUUAUGCUGACUGGCAUUUCUGUCGGAGCCAAGUAUGCCCAAAAUGGACAGCUCUUUGCACGCUUUAGACUCACUGAAACACUUUCUGAGGACACAUUAGCUGGGCGACUAGUGAUGACCAAGGUAAAUUCAGUUCUGGUGCUGCCGUUGGGCCGUGAGGGACUCGGCAGCCAGCCACCUCCUGGGGUCAAAGAGCGUGUUUAUGAGGCUGUCAUUGAGGAGAAGACCAAGGACUACAUCUUCCUAAGGAUCUGCAAGGACUGCUGUGAGGAGCUGGGACUACUGCCUGACAGAGAAAUACAGGUGGAGCUCCAGUUCCAGCUGAACAGACUGCCACUCUGUGAGAUGCAUUAUGCCCUGGAUCGCAUCAAAGAUAAUACCAUCCUUUUCCCUGAUGUUGGCCUUGUCCCCACCAUCCCCUGGAGCCCUAACAGGCAAUGGGAUGAGCAGCUGGAUCCCCGUCUGAAUGCCAAGCAGAAAGAAGCCAUCCUGGCCAUCACCACACCCAUCUCCAUCCCUCUGCCCCCAAUCCUCAUCAUUGGACCCUAUGGCACCGGCAAGACCUUUACCCUGGCACAGGCUGUCAAGCACAUCCUCCGCCAGGACCACAGCAGGGUCCUGAUUUGCACCCACUCCAACAGUGCAGCUGACCUCUACAUUAAGGACUACCUUCAUCCUUAUGUUGAAGCAGGCAAUCCACAUGCCAGACCUCUCAGGGUAUACUUCAGGAACCGCUGGGUGAAGACGGUCCACCCAGUGGUCCAGCAGUACUGUCUCAUCUCCAGCACACAGGUCACUUUCCAGAUGCCCUCAAGGGAGGAUAUCCUCAGGCACCGCGUGGUUGUGGUCACCCUCAGCACCUCCCAGUACCUCUGCCAGCUUGACUUGGAUCCUGGUUUGUUCUCUCAUAUCCUAUUGGAUGAAGCAGCCCAGGCCAUGGAGUGUGAAACCAUCAUGCCUUUUGCUCUAGCUAGCAAGACCACCCGCAUUGUGCUGGCUGGAGACCAUAUGCAGCUCAGUCCAUUUGUGUACAGCGAGUUUGCACGGGAGCGAAACCUGCACGUGUCGCUGCUGGACCGACUGUAUGAGCACUAUCCUCCUGAAUUCCCCUGUCGCAUCCUCCUGUGCGAGAACUACCGCUCCCAUGAAGCUAUCAUCAACUACACAUCAGAAUUGUUUUAUGACGGAAAGCUAAUGGCAAGUGGGAAACAACCUUCCCAUAAGGACUUCUACCCUCUGACAUUCUUCACUGCCAGAGGAGAGGAUGUCCAGGAGAAGAACAGCACUGCCUACUACAACAAUGCUGAGGUUUUUGAGAUAGUGGAGCGGGUAGAGGAGUUGCGCAAGAAGUGGCCAGUGGCCUGGGGUAAGCUGGACGAAGGCAGCAUCGGAGUGGUGUCACCAUAUGCUGACCAGGUGUUUCGCAUUCGUGCUGAGCUUCGAAAGAAGAGAAUGCCUGAGGUCAGCGUGGAAAGAGUGCUCAAUGUCCAAGGUAAACAGUUUCGGGUGCUGUUCCUCAGCACGGUGCGAACACGGCACACCUGCAAGCACAAGCAGACGGCCAUCAAGCGCAAAGAGCAGCUAGUUGAGGACUCAACAGAGGACCUUGACUAUGGCUUCUUGUCCAACUACAAGCUACUCAACACGGCGAUCACCAGAGCUCAGUCCUUGGUUGCAGUGGUGGGAGACCCCAUAGCACUGUGCUCUGUUGGGCGCUGCAGAAAAUUCUGGGAGCACUUUAUUUCCAUCUGCCAUGAAAACUCGAGUCUACAUGGCAUCACUUUUGAGCAGAUCAAGGCACAGCUGGAGGCCCUGGAGCUCAAGAAGACCUAUGUCCUCAACCCACUGGCCCCAGAGUUCAUCCCCCGUGCCCUCAGGCCCCUGCAAGGACACCACUCCUCUUCGCAGGCUCUCCAUCCCCACCAUCAUCCACAUCCUCAGCAUGCACAGCCUGCUUCCAACAAGCAGGGUCCACAGCUACAGCAGCAGCAGCAGCAGCAGUCACCCCCUAAGGGGAAACAUGCAAAUCACACAGAACACCUUCCACCUGAGGGAUAUGUCCAACCCAACCCAGCUGUGUUGAUGGGAAACCCUAUUCGGGCAUUCACACCACCUCUGGGUGGCACACCAGCUGGUAUGGGCAAGUCACCCAGUCCUGUGCAGAGGAUAGAUCCUCAUACAGGCGCCAGUAUUCUCUACGUUCCAGCUGUAUAUGGUGGAAACAUGGUCAUGUCCAUGCCCUUGCCUUUGCCUUGGCCAGGCUACCAGAAUCGCUUUGCUGUGGACCCUCGCAUCAUGAGCCACCCAGCAGCCAUGGCCUACAACUUUAAUCUGCUGCAGGCACAGAAUCGAGGCUCGCCCAUCCCUUACAGUGGAGUGGCACACCCCUCUCCACUGGGAAUGGGCCAGCCCAGCCCCGACAAGGAGCUACAGGCUGACCCAAUCAGAAAUGGUAAAUUAGAAGGAUGUCCAAAGUCAGAACAGAGCCGUCUACAGACCCCAGAAAGGAAAACAACAGACAUGAAGGAAAAACAGGCAAAUUUGGACACAGGCCAAAGUCGAAAUCUGGAUUCACAGACAGAUGGGCUGGUUGGAUUUCCUAAUGCACUGCUUCAUCGAAAAGACCCCUCAGUUGCCCAAAGACCCCUAAACUACCACCUGGCACCACCCAGCCCAGCUUUUCCUCCCCAUCCCGCCAGUGGAAGAACCUUCCCCCAACAGUAUCCAGUCUCUCGGCUUCCUUAUCGGGUCAACCAGCCUCAGCACCCAGUCAUGGCCCAGCAGAGUCAGCAGCAGCAACAACAGCUCAGUCCUGCCUUCACUGGUGGAAGUCACAGCGCUUCCUUCUUCAGUGGCCCCAUACCUGCUCACAGGUCUGUCCAGUCACCCUCUUUGGAUGGUCCAGAGUCUGGAGGGGUGGAGGAGAUGAGUAGCUCCAUUAGGACUCCAAUGGGCCACCCAGGGGGUCACCACCCGGGCCUCUCGCAGCAUAACAGGGUCAGCAGCUUCGGGGAGGACGGUCAGGAUGGAAGCCUGGGAGAUGGUUUGGAUCUCCAGGGUCCUUUGGCUCUAGAGGCCCUAAGCCAGCAGCAGCAGCAGGCAGCCAGGCUGGGCCAGUGGGGGGAGGCAGCAGGCCCUUUCCUCCAGGGCAGCGUUGCCUUUCCUCUGCCCCAACAGCUUGCCCACCUUGCUCAGCCCGGCAUGGCCCGCUUUCCCCAUCAACUGCUCCGCGCAGCUAGCUGGGGCCUUAGUGCCAAUAUGGAUGAUGAAGCUGUUCCUUCUGCCUCCGCUGGGCCAACUUUCACCAGGUACCCAGGCCUCUUGAGAGAAAUUACCCCACAGGAACAGCCUGAGCCGAGGGAAGCAGCUGAGAUGCAACCCCCGCCUCAGUCUCGUCUCCUUCAAUACCGCCAAUCCCAGUCCCGUGCCUCAGGUGACCCUUCAUCCUCUUUAGCCGCCAUCUCCAAUCAUGCUGGCCCUUUUCCAUCAGGACUUUACUCCCAUGACACAGGUCGCGAUCUCCUUAACGAAAGCCUUCUCAACAACCAAGCUCUGCCACAGCAGCACCCGGGGAAUCCCUUGUACAAUACUGGUAGCUACCCACAUCAGCCACCAGCUCAGUCUGCCAGCCCCCCUCCCUCACAGGUGAAAUAUCUUCUGCAAGAGGCCCAUUGGUCCCAAAGUGGAGCUACAUCGGUGAGCCCACCACAUCAGAACCACCUGUUAGGGAAUCAGGGCCAUGGCCUUCCUUAUGGACUGCCCAUUAUGGCUCACCCCAGCAGGCAGGAGCAAGUUCAUCUGAUGCAACUUCACCAUCAGCACCAGCAGCAGCAGCAACAACAGCAACAGCAACAACAGCAGCAGCAGCAACACCACCAACAAAAUCAAGGUCCAGACCAGGAGUCCUACCACCCUCUGUCCCCCAGAACAUCAGCAGCCACAGCCAUUCACAAUGUAGAUGAGUAUGAACCCAGAGGUCCGGGCCGGCCUCUCUAUCAGCGCCGCAUCUCCUCCAGCUACCCAGAUGAAUCAUCUCCAGCCAACACCCACAACGUCCUGCCCCAGCAGUCCCAACCCUGUGCAUCAGACCCCCAGGACCACCCGCAUCCGCACAUACAGCAUCAUCAGCAUCCUCAUGCCUCCUACAGUUAUCCCUCACACGACCACAUGUGGCCCAGUAACGGUGGGGGUCCCGGUCCGUUUCAGAACAUUCCAUGUAACGGAGCCGGCACACUCGCUCAGCACCGGGACCUUCUGGCUUCCAAGGCACUUCGUCAGACAGAAGAGCAGGUAAAGGCCGAGGCCACAGCAGCACAGCAGACGCAUCCACACUCACUCAACUCCCUUCAGCACCAGUUUCCUCCACUCAUGCCCAAUAACAAGCAGCAGCAGCAGCCGCCGCCGCCGCCGCCGCCACCACAGGCUCCCCCAGAUCCCAACCAGGGAGUUCCAAAUUUAAGCAAGCCACCCACCAUGUCUUAUGCGAGCGCCCUCCGUGCUCCACCCAAACCCCGAGCUGUUCGGCCUGAACAGGUCAAAAAGAACAGCGACCCUCUCUCCCUCCUACAAGAGCUGAGUAUAGGAAGUUCAAAUGGUAGCAAUGGGUACUAUUCCUACUUUAAAUGAGUCGCAUCUCCCACAACAUAAAGGAAAAAGGCUAAAAACAAAACAAAAAAAAAACGGCAAAAUAGUUUUUAAAAAAAUACACAAAAAUAGUGCGAAGUGCAUUUAUAAAUUGUUUUUAUCAGUAGGUUUGUUUUCUGCAUUUUGUUUCAUUUUAACUUUUAAUUUGUAACAGUCUUUUCUUUUCUCCUGUUUCACAUAUCUGUGAAGAAAGUAAGUAUAUAUAAUGAAUGCAUUACUGGUAUAUAUACAUACUCAUUAUGUAUAUAUGAAUAUAUACUUAUAUUAUCUACACUUGUAUAUGUACGUAAUGCUAAAAAACUAAAAAAAAUAAAAAAAAAUUUAAAAAGGCGAGGCUUGGUUUACCACUUAGCUACCAGCUCAUUUUUCUUUACAGAAGUUGGUUUUGUUGAUUACUAAAUAAAUAUGUUGUUUUAUUCCUGUUUUUUUUUUUUUUUUUUUUUUAAUUCCUCAGUUUUGAGUGGACAUCUUGAUUUUCAUACUACUGUAGUCGUGGUAACGGACAAAAGCUAAGUGGUCAACUGACAGAAACUACAUGAAACAGUGUAUAGAAGUAGAUAAAUUUUCCUCUAAUCUGUACAUAUAAAGAAAAUAAAAGACUGAAUUGUAUGCCACAGACAUGUCCUUUAAAUUCUUGUAUCAUGCUAGCAUUUGCAUUAUGAGUUCUAUUCUGUUUUCGCGUUCUCCUCUUCAAUUCUUAGACAUCCUUUACCUGGGAAUCAUCCUCAGUGAUUUAGUAGUAAAUGUGAUUAUUUAUGGAAAAACUAACAAUACAGUUAUCAAUUGCAUAUUUUACUUUUCACCACGGUCUCAUCUGCAAAAAUAGAUGCAGUGUGAACUUGUCAGUAACAAAUUCAUGUCAUUCCUCCUCUGUUUGCUUCAUAGAUUAGAAAACAAAAGACAUCGGUUUCUGUGAUAAGAUUAUCCUAAACUGCUUUGCUUGCACAGUUCUUUAUAAAACAAAACAAAAAAAGCAACAUUUUUUUUUUGUUUUUUUGUUUUUUACUUUUUUCCCUCCUGUAAUCACAAUGUGCGGUUACUCGUCAACUCAUGUCAGCAAAUCCUUAGCAGGGACAUGGUUCCAGUAACUGCUGGACGUGUGAAAUGUGUUUUGUGUCGCUGAUGGACAGUGAGGAGUGUUGUUUUGUUGUUUGUUUUUUAAAGGUUACAGUACUCUGAAGGUUUGUGUAAGUGGAGAAAGAUUGGCGAUGUCACAGUGGUGUGUCAUGGCAGGCAAGCUGAAACGGAGGGGGUGAUCAAUACUCCCAGUCAAAUGUUUUUUCAACACACCAGGUUAGCAUUUUUGGUCUGUAUGUUUUAACCAGAGAGUAAACGCCUUGAAAUUUGAAAAUACGUGUCAAGAAUGUUGUAAAUGUGAAGCAUUUGCGGCUUCUUUUUACUAGAUGACAUUUAGAUCGUGCUCACACUGUAGCAAACAACACAUUUUGUAUUUAAGAUUUGAUACCGAGUAAUAUAAACCUCAUCAAAAGUAAUUACCAUUUGUCCCUAGGAGAUGAUAUUUGCACACACUUCAACCACAUAAAUUUAUCAUUUUUCAUCUCAAUCAAGGUGAAAAGCACUUUCUAAGUCUUACCUCUAUUUUCUAAUUUCAGGGUAUUUAAAAGAAAAAAAAAAGCCCAGCACAAGACUCAACUAAAUAGAAAACGGGGAAAAAAAACAGUCACAUAAUGCUAACUAUAAAGUAAGCUGUUCAAAAACAUUUGACUGUCAGUAUGUUUGUUUUAGGCUGUGCAUAUUAAGAAUGCAUUGGCGAUGUUGGGGAAGCUAUUCCUGGUCAUUCAGAGUGAAAAUAUCCACCUUUGUCUGAUCUGAUUGGUAUAUUGUUGUUGGAACCGUAGAUAAAUCUCUUUAUUUGAAUUGAAAAAGCUGUGAUCAUGCAUUGCAUUUGCCACAGCAACGUUUCCCUAUUUACAACACACAAAGAGACCACACAGCUACAUGCACAUGAAUUUUACUCGUGACAAGCUGAUGAUUUAAGUCACAUGCAGGUGCUGAUGCACUGUAUCUGCCUUUUUUUUAAAAAUGUUAUUAUAAUAGCAGUCCUGGAAACAGUCUUCCAGUGUUUGGUCCUAUUUUAUGUAAUUCAUCAACAGUUAGAACACCACUGCCCCAUCAACAAAUUGAUAAAAUAGUAACAAAAUCAUCCUGCUGUUUCAUAGCUUCCAUACGGCCGAUAAAUCUCUUAAAAUGUCUCUUCAUCAGAAGCCCACAGCUAGUAACAUAGAUGUUUUUAACAGUCAGUGGAGAGCUUCACACAAGGUAUGGUUUUAUUUUGACAUUGUAAUUCAAAGGUCCAGAUUUUUUGACUUAGCUGAGAACACAUGUAAAUAUGCAUUUUCUAGAUAUUUACAAACAAGAACUUUGGGAGCGCCUCAAUUUUGUAGAAGCUGUUCAAAGAAGAGGUAUGCCCUUUUUAAUUAUGCAAAUUCACAAAAAAUAAUAAAUCUAGAAAUGGACAACAACCUGAUUGGUAGUUGCAGCAUCUUGUUGUAACUUUUUAGAUGUUUUGUUUUUUCUUUUUUUUUUUUUUUUAAGAUUGUGUCUGGCUGAUUUGGCAGAGGAGAAAUUUGUGUUGCAGCUGUUACAAGACAACUUCUUUCACUGUACAAUACAUAUUUUUAAGUACGUGUUGCUGGAUUUGUCCCUUUUCUGUUUUCUCAUUACUUCGCAGUUGUACAACAAUCAUCAUGGAUUUAUUUUUAAAUGUGAAGUCUUGUUUUCUUUUCAUGCAUGUUGCGAUGACCUGACUGGUUUUUAUCCCUGUUUUUAUCAGUUUGUAUUGAUUUAUGGAUAGAAAAAAAGAGAAAAAAAAAAGCUUUUGUUCAACCUACAGACAAAAUUUGGUAUAUUAUUUGAUGUGUACAAUAACUUGUGACAUUAUCAACAAAACUAUUAUACUAUUUUACUAAUGUGUCAAUCAAAUAUGUAAUGGUCAUGUAAGUUCUUUUAUUUUCUGCAGUUUCUUAGCAGGGCUAAAGCUGAGGUUGCUCCCUGGCGUGUAUCAGAUUUUCAAAGCUUUGGAUUUGUUCAUUUGGGGAAUCAGUUUUCCACAAAGCAGUCAUUGGCUAGUCUCUGAAGUUGUGCAAUACUAAUAUUUCACUGCUUCUUCAGCUAUGGUUUUAUUUAUUUUUUUGAAGCAGAGGAGAUUGAGCCAAAGACAUUUUAAAGGGAUUUUAUUUUCAACUUUUCUUUAUUGCUGGUUUGUUUUUGAUGCUUCACUUUUUUGCCCUGUCAAGAAUCGUUCCAAAAAGGAAAAAAAAAACAUCUGGCUGUUUGUUAGUAAACUGAGGGUCUUUACGUGAUUUUAAAGAUUUUUACUUCCCAACGUUGACCCCGUACAUGAAUUUAAUAUGUUCCCGGAAGCCUUUUGUCUCGCCUUUAAAGAAAACGGUGAAACCAACUCGUGUGUGGCGCAUGGAAAGGGAGCAACCUUUUGCCCAGCUAGCAGAGAGCACUGUGUUCAGCCUUCUAUAAACGCCAUCUUUUCCUGUUAUCUGUUGGCUCUCCUCUGUUUUUCCCCUUUGCUGCAGUAAAUCAAUGGCACACCUGUUCUCCCUGCUUCCCAGUCCCAUUGGUUUCUCCCUCGUGGGUACAAAAAUAAUGAAUAGAUCUGUUUUACUCUUCUUCAUUUCAGUUGGUGGUGGUUAUAAUAAAGGAUUUAGACUGUGUUUUAAAGGUUUAUUUUCUUUUUUUUAAUUUGUUUCUCUAUUAAAGUGUUUUUAUUGAAA